GAAAGGGGUUUUAUUUGCGUGGAUCGUUUCCGCAGAAAUUUCAGUGCCGAACUGCCGGUGAACUGAAUUUAACAGAAUAAAUGAAUUAAAGUAUUUCGUUCGGACGAUAAAGGAACCGUAGUUCUCGUUCCAGUGUAUACAGGAUUUUGGUUUAAACAGUGUUUUGGGGAUCAACACUGCGUUACGAAAUGAUCCCAACGACACGCUUGCUAGCCAUGUUCUCAAAAGCCGCUGCAGGUAACUAAACUAGCUAAUGUUAGCUAGGCUAACGCGUUGCGAUAGAUGGACCAUAGCUUGCUAACUCGCUAGCUGGUUUUCAUUUUCUCUUGUCCUCACCAUCGUGUUUUACUUAGACCUAUUCGUUACAUUCCACGUCUCUACAGUAACAUUAGGAUAUGCUGUGUCAAUAGGCUUUUGUGUAGCUAGUUUGCAUAGCUUUAACUUUUAAACCCAACUAGCCAACGUUAGCGUCUAGCCCACGACAUUUUCAACACGUAACGUUAGCUAGUUAGCCCUCUGCGGAAGCCUACCAUCAAAUCAAACUUUCCCCCAGUUUGGUUUUUUAUUAACUUGAGAAACUAGUUCUCUGGAAUACGAUGGCUUCUUCGUCGGGAAACGAUGACGACCUCACCAUUCCCAGGGCAGCCAUCAACAAAAUGAUCAAGGAAACUCUGCCCAACGUACGGGUUGCCAAUGAUGCAAGAGAGCUUGUUGUGAACUGCUGCACAGAGUUCAUACAUCUAAUCUCAUCAGAGGCGAAUGAAAUAUGUAACAAGUCUGAAAAGAAGACCAUAUCACCUGAACAUGUAAUUAAUGCACUUGAAAGCCUGGGUUUUGCGUCGUACAUCACAGAGGUGAAGGAUGUCCUGCAGGAGUGUAAAACAGUAGCACUUAAAAGGAGGAAGGCCAACUCUCGCCUGGAAAACCUGGGCAUCCCAGAGGAAGAGCUCCUCAGACAACAGCAGGAACUAUUUGCUAAGGCACGGCAGCAGCAGGCCGAGCUGGCCCAGCAGGAGUGGCUCCAGAUGCAGCAAGCUGCCCAGCAGGCCCAGUUGGCUGCAGCAUCUGCCAGCGCUGGACAGCAGGCUGGCUCGUCCCAGGAUGAGGAUGAUGAGGAUGACAUGUGAUUAUGAAGCUGAUCCCUGGGUCUGGGCUGCAACAUGCAAAACAUUUGGAACAGAUAGUAAAAACAAGAAUCUCUUAUUGGAUAAGUACAGAUAGUAGGCUGCCACCUGUUUCUAGCUGUUUUCAUCCGUUUCGUGCCUGCUGAAUACGAACCAGGCCAUAUCCCUUGUCUUUGGACAGUGUCGGCAAGCAGCCCUCUCUCUCUCUCUCCGAACACUCUAAUUGGCAGUGAUCUGAGCUGUGUUCGGACAUAAUGCACAUAACCCCACCAGUCCAGUAUCAGGAGUUCACAUUAUGGACAGUUUCAAGGUACAUAGAUAUGGGGAAUUUUAUUAUAUAUAUGUUUUUAUUGUCACAUACUAGGUAGACAUUUUUUCUUUUUUGACAGCAGUACCUGAAAACACAUUUGGAUAAAGAUACAUUUAAGCUUUCCUGCACUUAAAUUAACAAGCAGGAGAACAGCUCCUCACUUGUCUUACCAAAGGUGGGCGGUGCUUAUUCCUCCUACUGGCAUGUCCUUUUUGGGAAAUAAUUUUUACAGAACUUGUUCCUUACCCCCCUCUUUGUUUAACAUGACGGAUAUGUCCCCAAUAGUACCACCUCCCAUAUAAACUGGCUCUGAUCAAUUAUUUGGGAUACACCCAACAUAUUUCUGAAACACUUAGAAGGGUUGUGAAUAUGUUUUGAUUUGUAAAAUAGGAUUCAAAUGCUUUUUGUUUUAUUUUAGCUCAGUCAUACAGUGCCUUCGGAAACUAUUCAGACCCCUUGACUUUUCCCACAUUUUGU